AAGGUGAGCGCUUACUUCAAUUGUUAACGCUGUGCCCCAUCCGGUGGAUUCCUUCAAUGAUCUCGAUCUUCUACUCUACAACUCUGGAACAUCAAUACAGUCAAUUCAAUUGCCCAUCAUGUAGUGCGUAAUUGCCCGCGCCAAGCAACCCAACACUACAUUUCGCCGUGGCAUGCACAGAUGGAGGAAUCAAGAAGAUUAGCAGAACUGCAGGUCCAGUUGCGAAACCUGGAGAACUGUCCUAAGCAAGCAGAGAAACGCCGACGCGAAGAACAUCAGCGCGUUGGUAGAGCACGAAAAUGCCGACGCGAAGAAGAGCAGCGUGCUGACAAAGCAAAGGCGCAAUGUCUGCCCACAACUCUCGACGAGUACAUCGAAGCCUGUCACAACCUCGUAUUUACUAAUUUGAAGGUCAAACCGGGCCCGGCAAGGAUGACAACUGGGAGCAUCCUACCACCCUAUGCCAAGUUUUACCCGCGUCGUCUCAGGCCGUGGGAUGACUUCCUCGAUGAGCAGCACAAGAUUCUUGAAAAGGUUUAUCUCAACUUUCCCAUCGGAAAGCAGGUUUUCGAUAACCGGAAUUAUCUCGCCACGCUCGGACAAAAGGUAAUAAAAGGACCCCUUACGAAUAAAAAGGUAUUAGAAACUAUUCUCCAUAAGUGUAUCGAGGAUCCGGUUCGAUGUAUUAUCCACGAACUAAGCAAGUCGGGGGAUUUUCAAAAGGUGUUGAAUAUUGGGCAUGGUAUCGCAUUUGAGAACCAGAUCAACCCCCUCGACGAUCGUUCCUACGAAGUUGUCAACCGACAGCUACAACCAACAGCUCAACCACAAGAACCCGAGCAGGUAACGAAACCUCUAAAGACGCCAAAUCCUGCCAAAUACCCUCCCACGUUAAACCCUGACCAGAUUUGUGUUUAUCGAUGUGAAGAGCAAGGAACAGAGAAGAGAAAAACUAUUGCUAUCUGGGAAUACAAACCACCACACGAGCUGUCCCUUACACAGCUGCGUGCCGGCCUCAGGGACUUGGAUAUGAGGAAGGUUGUCACGAAUGACAAGAUCCCCAAAGACGAGGAGGCCAAAUUCCGCCACUACGCAACUAAGCUGGUUGCCUUGGCUAUCACACAAGCAUUCCAUCAUAUGGUGAAGUCCGGCCUCGCAUAUGGGCUCUUAACGACGGGCGAGGGCAUUGUUUUUCUCAAGAUCGACUGGAAUGACCCUCAUACAGUAUACUACCACCUCGCCGAGCCUGCAGAAGAAGUUGCUGCUCAUAAUAAUAGCUAUCGCUCCUGCUCCGCCAUUUCUCAGUACUUGGGUUUCUACCUACUUGCUCUCAGCGAUUACUCGGAUCGCGGGCAAGAUGCCCGGGAUCGAGCGAUUAGUGGGUUGAAAACCUGGACGACCGACUUUAGAACAGCAGCAAGCGAGGUUCCAGAGAACCAAAGGAUGCCUCCUCAGUAUUCUCCCGCAUACACCCCUAAUGUAUAUCUGUCUGUCGACCGCACUAUGCCCUACCAAAGCCUGCGCUUCCAGUGUAACGGUGCGCAAUACAGCAAUCCCCCACUACUGGGGGGUAAUAAGGAUGAUAGUAUCGAGGGGGAAGGAGUUAGAAGCCCAAAUCGUCGGAAAUCACCCGGUACCGUCACAGAGAGACAAGCUACUCGACGGAGCGCUAGGCUUUUGGGACGGCAUUCAAACAACAGAGAGGGUGCUGGUAGAGAAGGCCAAACCAGGGGCCGUGGGAGUCGGCAUAGCGACGGGAACGAGUUUGAAGGGAAGCCUUAUAAGGACCUAGCGUACUGCACUCAAAAGUGCUUUCUCGGGUUGGUUAUGGGAGACGUUCUCGACCCGGACUGCCCCAAUCUCACAUUACACCAACACCGCAACACCUAUGGCAGCGUUCUUUGUAUCGACAACUACCACUGCAUCAGUCAUUCCGACUUUCUCCAACUACUAUCCCACCAGCUGCAGCGCACGCUCGACUACGGAAUUUCCUCCCUGGGCAUCACCGCCACCCGCGGGGCCCUGUUCAAAGUCACGCUCCUCGCAUACGGCUACACCUUUGUUGGCAAGGGCACAGUACAAGCGUUUAUCCCCGAUUUAGAGCAUGAGGCCCAAGUCUACGAACGGCUUAAGGACAUACAAGGCGUCCACAUACCCGUUUUCCUAGGCGCUAUCAACUUACGGGCUCUAAACAGAACGUACUACUACGACUUCCGCGUCGACAUUGUGCAUUUGUCCCUUCUGUCCUGGGGUGGUCUCAGUCUAAGAGACGGCCUGGGUCUAGGUAAGAAUAAGCCCACUUUACAGCGUAUGACGGUGGAGACAAUCAAGGAAAUCCACCAACGGAGAGUGGUUCAUAACGAUACCCAUUAUGAAAACAUACUCUUCAAUCCGCAGACGGGGCGUGUUAUGCUGAUUGAUUUCGAGCGCUCACAGCUCCUUGACAUGCCCCGGCCAACGCCGGAUGCCCGCAAGCCUAAUAAGCGACGGCGAGCCCAGGAUUCGAAGGAGCAAACUAAGUCGGUAGACAGUUCUUGUAAUUUCUCGGACGAUUUAGCGGGAGUAGACGGGGCGUUCUAUAUCAUCUCCCUGCCAGGAUAUCAGCAAAAAUCACACGUGGGCCAAAGGUAGUGGCAUACAAAUCAGAAGUAAGGUGUUGUACAGUAGGUGGUAAUGUAUUGCAGCGCGUUUAUUACUGUUAGAAUAAAUGG